AUGGCCAUGGAGUACACCAAAGAAGCCAAAAUUGGCUCGGACUUUAUUCCGAGCCACAACACCGAUUCACCGCAUUCGACCGUGGGUGAAAGCUCGAUCUUGAUCGAUCCGGUCCUUGAGAAACGCGCCAUCUCGAAAUUCGACAAGUACAUGAUGCCUCAAAUGGCUUUGCUCAUGCUCAUUGCAUAUCUUGACCGAACUAAUAUUGGUUCCCGAGCCCAACAAGCCAAGCGCAUUGCCGUUCUCUACGGUGCCAUUGCCCUCUCAGGUGCUGUUGGUGGCCUCAUUGCCUACGGCAUCCAGACAAUGGGUUCUAAGGCCGGACUUGAGGCCUGGCGCUGGCUGUUCAUCAUCGAGGGUUGCAUCUCCAUCGUGAUCGGCCUGGCCCUCUGGGUCACGCUGCCGUUUGACUCUGAGAAGGCAUGGUUUCUCAACGAAGAGGAACGCUACGUCAUGAGCCUGCGUGUCAAGCGUGAUGUGGCCUACAAGGGUGAGAGAAAAUUUGAGUGGAAGUAUGCCAAAAUGGCUUUCACGGAGCCCAUUAUUUACAUUGCCGCCAUUGGCAUGUUCUGCUCGUCCGUUCCGCUAUUCGGCUUCACCACCUUUCUGCCUACUCUCAUCGUUGGUUUUGGUUUUACUUCCCUCCAGGCGAACUAUCUCUCCAUCCCGGUUUACGUCUUUGCCUGCCUGUUCCUGUGCCUCGUCGCUUGGCUCUCGGACAAACUCAAUAAGCGCGGCGUUAUCGCCAUGAUUGUCCCAAUUCCUGUCCUUAUUGGUUACGCGAUCACCGUCGGCACUAGUAAUCACGGCGCAGACCUUUUCGCCAUGUUCCUCGUCGCUGCUGGUGUCUACCCUUACAACACCCUUGUCGUCACCUGGGUGACAAAUAACCUGCCAAAUGACCACGUGCGCUCAAUCGGUAUCCCUCUGCUCAUCUCCAUCGCCAACGCCUCGGGAAUUCCCUCGUCCCAGAUUUAUCCUAAGAAGGACUCGCCGCGCUACAUCAUGGGCAACGCUGCCUCACUCGCCAUGGAGGCCAUUGCUCUGAUUGCGGUCGGACUCAUCUACUUCUUGGUCCGUAGGAGAAACGCAAAGCAGAUUGGAAAUGCAUCUGGAGAUCUCCGGCUCGCGAUGUAA